AUGCUGGCGCUCAGCGCACUGCCCUUCCUGGCACUUGUGUCUCCGCGCCCCACCAGGCAGAGACGCCACACGCUGCCAGCCAACGAGCUGCGCUGCCUCAGCCCCGAGGACGCUGUCAGUGUCUUCGAGAUCGAGCGUGAGGCAUUUAUCUCAGUCUCUGGAGACUGCCCUCUGCAUCUUGAUGAAGUUCGUCAUUUCCUCACUCUCUGCCCAGAGCUUUCCUUGGGAUUGUUUGAACAGGGGAGACUGGUGGCUUUCAUCAUAGGUUCUCUCUGGGAUAAAGAGAAGCUCACCAAGGAUGCAAUGGUGCUGCACAUCCCUCAUGGUUCAACAGUGCACAUCCAUGUGUUGGCAGUCCAUCGCACCUUCCGGCAGCAGGGAAAGGGACCCAUCCUGCUGUGGCGUUACCUGCAGUAUCUCCGCUGCCUGCCACACGUGCACCGCGCAGUGCUGAUGUGUGAGCAUUUCCUCGUCUCCUUCUACAGUAAGUGCGGAUUUAAGGAAAUGGGACCCUCUGAGAUCACCGUAGGGGCACUGACGUUCAUUGAGAUGGAAUAUGCUAUCCGUGGUCAUGCACUAAUGCGCAGGAACAGCGGCUGUUAGACAGCAAGACUUGUAGUGUUAGUACAACUCAUAAAGCCCUUGGUCCAAGGUAGAAUUUCCAGUCAGUCAGGUCAUACUCUGCCCAUGCGCUGCCACUCCACAAUAGAUUUCUCUCUCUUAACCAAGCUUGCUCCUCCUUAACUUUCACUUUGAAGUGUUCGAGGUAUCUGACCCUCUCCAGG